UUUCUUAUAUCCUUUUGCAUACUUCGUUGUGUUCUGCUAUUACAAUACACAAUAGUAUGAAUCAAGAAAAACUCAUGCAUUAUCAAGUGGAUCCAUGGAAUUACUACAUGAUGAGAGUAAGAAGAAGAAGAAUGGAAGAAGAAGAUGAAAUGGAGAGAGUGAUGAGAAUAGUUUCAGAAAGUGCAGUUGUGAUAUUCAGCAGUAGUAGCUGUUGUAUGUGUCAUGCAAUGAAGAGUCUUUUUUGUGGAAUGGGAGUGAACACAAUGGUUCAUGAACUUGAUCAAGAUUCUAAAGGGAAACAAAUGGAAAAAACAUUGAUGAGGUUACUUGCUACUAACUCAACUACACUUCCUGUUGUUUUCAUUGGUGGCAAAUUAGUUGGCUCUAUGGAUACACUUUUGGCUUUUCAUGUCAAUGGUUCUCUUGUUCCACUUCUCAAACAAGCUGGUGCUUUAUGGCUUUAGAUUAAUUAUGAAUUUCUUAGUCCUUAAUUAGAGUUUCAAAUUAGAGAAUUAGAACUAAGCUAUAUAUUCUAACCAGAAUUUGUUCUGUUAUGUUGUAGGGAACUGAAAAUUAUGUAAUGUGGAAAAUAUGCAUUUUUUUUCUUCUUAAUUUAGUAGCUAGUUUGUAGUUAUAUAUAUAUAUGUAUGUUGCAAGUGUAUUUUGGAAAUGAACAAGAA